CAUCUAUCAAAUGAAGCACACAAAAGAUUGGAGAAUCCAAUGAAGGCAAUAUGGAAGCUCGCGCAGACCAGAGAAAAUAUGCUAAGUCUUGCAAAUGGUGACCCACAUCCUUCAUUGUACCCCAUCUCUCAGAUCGACUUUAAAGUGCCCACCCUGCAGACCGGUGAUCCGGUUCAAUCUUGGACCGCGGCUGCUACCUCAGGCUCCAUACCCAACGAUGCGGUACAGACUUUGUCGUCGUACAGAGAUCAGCCGUGUGCAAUCAGGCUUCAAUCUGCUCUGCAAUAUGGAGCAGGCGCAGGUUUAUCUGAACUUCGUGAAAUACUCGCUGAAUUUAAUACACUCGUCCAUUGGCCUUCUGGAGUUGAUCCACAUAGCGGAUCAGCAGAAAUGGCGAUUACCCUUACUUUGGGAAACGCAGAUGCUCUCACAAAGUGCUUUCGCCUACUUGGAAGUCCAGGAGAUAAUUUUCUUGUAGAGGAAUUUUCAUUCCCAGGAAUGACGAAUGCGCCUCUUGCACAGGGUAUCAUUUGGGUUCCGGUGCGUAUGGACAAAGAGGGGAUACUCCCAGACGUGCUGGAGAUGAUCCUUAAAACGUGGGAUGAGAAGGCGAGAGGACGAAAGCCGCAUGUUCUUUAUACUAUACCAUCGGGCCAGAAUCCGACUGGGGGAACACUCAGUGCUGCUCGGCGGCGCGAGAUUUAUCGCAUCGCCAGUGAGCACGAUGUCAUAAUCCUCGAGGAUGAUCCAUAUUAUUUCUUGCAGUAUGAUAAGACAGCUCAGGCGAACAACACAGAGUUCGACGUGAAGGAGUUCCUGAGUACUUUUCCGCCGACAUUUCUUUCCAUGGACACGGAGGGGAGAGUUAUCCGUAUUGACAGUUUCAGCAAGAUUAUCUUUCCGGGAAUGCGUCUAGGUUGGCUCACGAGUAACCAGAUGUUCGCGCACAAGCUGGAAGUCCUCACCGACUCCUCGACACAGCAUCCGCACGGUAUCGGACAAGCAUUCAUGGCUGAGAUGCUCAGCGAAAGUGGAUGGGGAAUGCACGGGUACUUGAAAUGGGUCAGCAGUCUCUGUGUUGAUUAUCAGCGACGACGUGAUCUGUUCUUGAGCAUUUUUCGCAAAGAGAUGAGUGACUGUCCGUAUGCCACAGCAGAAUCCCCAUCCGCGGGUAUGUUCAUUUGGAUCGAGCUGCAUUACGAGAACCACCCGCGCUUUCAUAAGGCUAGCAACGUCGAUGAAAGCGAGUCACAGUUGAACGUUGAGGCUUUGAACGAUGAGCUAUUCCAGAGAAUAUUUGAUUCCGGCGUUGUCGUAAUGCCUGCAAAGACCUUUGCCAUUCUUAGAGACAAUGAAAUGUCAGGACAAGUUCCUCUUCGUAAUAGGCUCAACUUUCUCCGUGCCACAUUUGCAGGGACAGAUGAAACUAUUAGCAAAGCCGUACCAAUAGUUUGUCGCGAGAUUAAGGCAUUCUUU